AUGUGUAAUCUCACUCGAGAUAUCGUUUCAAAUGAAAAUCCGCCAGAACUCCCCCGACAAACACAGCCAGCUUUCGCCAGUGGGUCCGCAUUCCCAAAAUCCAUAUCCACCAACACCCCCACGCAACCUCAAUCGGAUAGAUCCACGCUUGGCUAUCCAGAAGGACAGUCCAAAUGCUUUGGUUUAACAAUUAAACAGUCCUCGCAAAUGUCUCCGUUUUUCUACAAGGACCUCAAAGUGCCCAUCAUAAUGUACAGAUGUUUCACUUUCCUGGACCAGGAAACAGGAUACGAUAAAGUUGGCAUCUUCAGACUGUCUUCGGUCAAGUCUGAAAUUAACAAGCUCGAGGAAAUGUUCAACAUACAGGGCGACGUCGAUCUUAUACAUUUGGAUCCCAAACCCAGUCUGCAUGCCGUCACUACGCUUUUUAAAAGAUGGCUCCGGUCGGGAGAAAGAAUUUUGAACGAUGAAGAUUGCAAACAGCUUUCAAGCCUUAUAAAAUUAUCAGACGUGCCCAUCAAAAUCAGAGAGUUUAAUUCCGUUCUUAAAGCUCUACCAUCCGAAAACUACCAGAUACUCAAGUGCUUGUUCAUCUACCUGGACAAGGUGCUUCAGUACCGUGAACAAAAUAAAAAUUCAAUCGAGAGUUUGGCAAUGUUGUUCAGUGCAAACGUUACCAACGACCCAACAGGUCAGCAUGUCCCAAUCUUGACCGAGUUAUUGGUUAAUAGAGAAGCGUACUUUCUUUCGUAG